AUGAAGUGUGGUUUGUUGUGGUGUAGUGCGGUGUGUUGUGUUGUGGUAUAGUGUGGUGUGUUGUGGUGUAGUGUGGUGUGUUGUGGUGUAGUGCGGUGUGUUGUGGUGCAGUGCGGUGCGUUGUGGUGUAGUGUGGUUUGUUGUGUUGUGGUGUAGUGUGGUGUGUUGUGGUGUAGUGUGGUUUGUUGUGGUGUAGUGCGGUGUGUUGUGUUGUGGUGUAGUGCGGUGUGUUGUGGUGCAGUGCAGUGCGGUGUGUUGUGGUGUAGUGUGUGUGGUUUGUUGUGGUGUAGUGCGGUGUGUUGUGUUGUGGUGUAGUGUGGUGUGUUGUGGUGUAGUGUGGUUUGUUGUGGUGUAGUGUGUGCGGUGCAGUGCAGUGCGGCCUCCGUGGUUGGCUCAGGGAUCUUCUUCAUCUGGCCGUGGAGCUCAGUACCGGAGCUGCCUCUGCAGCCGCCACAUCGAACCCACCUGACCGGACACCCACUCGACCACUCCCACCUCACCUAUAGCCCGAGCCCGCACGGUGCACGCGUAAAAGGAUCAUCACCAUGGAAACGCCGAAGCUCUGCUCCAGAGGCCGCUGACAAACUGUGA